AUGGAAAUAGCCAUGCCUCCCUCAGCCAGGAGGAUUAUGCCGAGCAUGCAUAACCUUCUUGAAACCUUAUACACGAAGAAAUGCGAAGAGUUGAGGAUUCAAUUACAACCAGACCAAAUGGGGAGAUUCCAAGAAAGGGUCUUGAGCCAAUACUCAGGACACACCAUUGAUUUAUCGGAGCUAUCUUUGCCUGCCAAUUGCACAGUCUUGAUCAAUAAAGUUGUUAAGAAUGUCCCCUUUGUUUGUUCUUUCACAAAAUCCCCUUUAUGA